AUAUUUUUGUGAUUAGAAAUUAGGAUCUUACAGAAAUCUUUCAAAAAAAAAUUCAUAACAGUUCCAUUUUUUUUGGUAAGAUUCAUAAAAAAAUUCAAGUUAAAUGCAUUUUAUAAAAAUGUAGGAAAAACUUUCAUCAAAAAUCGUUGAGAAGAACAUACAGUAUAUCUUAUCCACUCUCUUCCUCAUCCACGCGGCAAAGGCACAAACCUCUUUAGAAAAAUGUCGUCAGCUUAUUGUUCCUCCGCCGUGGCUGUAUCCGCCGCAGCCACCGCUUCCUCCGCCGCUACCUUUAAUCCAUUACUCUCCUCCCACUCCAAUUCCCAACUCUUCUAUCGCUUUACACCAAAAUCCUUCAAACUCGUUGCCAAUUGCCCUAAUCCACUAAUCCUCCACUCAAAUAUCCGCCGCCACCGCUUCUUCUGCGCCGCCGAAACCGAAGCUAGUUCCGCCGAUGAUGAAAUCCAGGCAUCAGUAGAAGAAGAAGAAGAGGUAGAAGAAGAAGGAGAUGAAGGUGAAGAAGAAGUAGAGGAAGAAAAACAGACGACGCAAGCGAGUGGUGAAGAAGGGAGGCUUUACGUUGGGAAUUUACCUUACACAAUCACUUCUUCUGAGCUCUCUCAGAUUUUUGGAGAAGCUGGAACUGUCGUCGAUGUUCAGAUUGUUUAUGAUAAAGUUACUGAUAGAAGCAGAGGAUUUGGAUUUGUAACAAUGGGAAGCAUUGAAGAAGCUAAAGAAGCGAUGCAGAUGUUUAACAGCUCUCAAAUUGGUGGUAGAACGGUGAAAGUGAACUUCCCGGAGGUGCCGAGAGGCGGUGAGAACGAAGUAAUGAGAACCAAAAUCCGUGAUAAUAACCGGAGUUAUGUUGAUAGUCCUCAUAAGGUAUAUGCAGGAAACCUUGGUUGGAAUCUAACCUCACAAGGUUUAAAGGAUGCAUUUGGUGAUCAACCUGGUGUGCUUGGUGCUAAAGUUAUCUAUGAAAGAAAUACUGGGAGGUCUAGGGGGUUUGGUUUCAUCUCGUUCGAGUCAGCGGAAAAUGUUCAGUCUGCUUUGGCUACAAUGAAUGGCGUGGAAGUUGAAGGACGAGCGCUGAGGCUAAAUUUGGCUUCAGAGAGAGAGAAACCCACUGUGUCUCCUCCUUCCGUAGAAGAAGGAGAAACCGAGGAGGCCAGUCUAGAGAGUAACGAGGUGCUUUCGAAUGUUAGUGCAUGAAGCAGCAAAAGCACAAUAGAUUCCGGAUAAGUUUCAGACUGAUCUGCUCGAGGUGCCAAAAAUGAAAAUUUUGUUGUCUUUAUAAAUGUGUUGUUUUGUUCUAGUGAGGCUGAAGAAGAAGACAAUAUAUGAGAUAGAAAACAAGAGAUUGUUUGUAAUUUUUAUUGAGAAUGUUUUUAAUCCAUAAAUGGUGUAAUGUAACAACAUAUCUUGAUUCCAGUAAACUGCAAAUUUCUGUCACG